AUGGCAGACCGUACGAAUUGGGGGGACUCAGAGAACGCGAGAGAUGGAAGAUUUGCGGAAUUCAAGGACAAAGUUGAGGACAUCCUUGAAGAUAUACGUUCAGCAGAAAGACUCUCGGUGAAUGACAAUACGUCUUCGAAUUUGUGUCAUCGUUUCAUGAAACAGCAAUUUGAUGCUCUUGAUGCAAGAUUCGAUGAUCUCGUCCUUAGGCUCAAUGCUGAAGCUCCCAAAAAAGAGACUGACUCAAACGUCUUGGGCACAUUAAGCUAUCUUGAGAGUCUGUGCCAUGGAUUCAAUCAGCGGCUGGUUGAGUGCAACCGGAACAUUGAGGUCAUGGAGAACAAGAUAAAUUCUAUCCCGUUCAUCGAGACCCAAAUACAUGAUCUUCUUGAGAGAUUGAACAUUCUAGAGGAUCAAGGUGUAGGAGAUGAUGUGAGUUGGCUGCCUACUUCAGAAGGAGGACGGGGAGAUAGCCGGGAUCCAAGUGUGGAUUCUGGGGAGUUUGACUAUGAGGUUUAUGCAGAAAACGAGAAGGAAGCUGGAGAAGAUGAAUCAAUGCUUGAGAUACCAGAUGAUGUACGGUCAUCAACCGCGACGGAGGUCCAGGAUGAUUUGAGAGUUAAGAAGACCUGGUGCGAGUGGUGA